AAAGAGGUCUUUAGUGUCAGUCUUGCACACUGGGAAGGGAAGGCAUUAAGCCUUUUGGUGGACAGACAAUAUAGAACAAGGUUUUUUGGAAGCUUUGGAAGCUAAAACACCGUACAUUACAAGGAACACACUGCUUCUUUUGUUUUGAGGUAUAUUUGGUGUCAAGGGUCGCUUAUUUAUCCACGUUCACAUCAGUGGCUGCGUCCGCGCUUUCCGUAGUUGUUCCAAGCUCGUUUGCAGGUUUCAUCGACACUGAGUGACUAGCUGAGCAUAUAUGCUACUUUUUGUCUUCAAACAAGACCUGUGGCAUCCCAGAUGUUUAAGUCCAGAUAGACCUUGUCCCUCAGUGGUACCAGCCACGAGAGGCAUAACUGGACCAUGUCCAAUCCCCUGUCCACGACACCCAAGCUGUGCAAUGUCUUGAGGCGGAAGAUGUUCACACCAACGAGCCCACUCUGAAUAUCGACAACAUGAGCCGGAGACAGCGCCAAGGCUUGAAGGACAUAUUGGAGCAUAUGGUGGAAGAGACACGCUCAGAAAGGGCUCGCGCCGAAAGGGAACGCGAAGAAGAAGAAGCUGAGGUAUCAGGAACAGCAGGAACAGCUGCUGAUGAACAAGCGGAAGACGCUCCAAAUCAGCAAGCUUCAAGCGCUUCAACCACCGAGCCAGCGCGGGAGCCUUUGCCACAUCCGCCAGAGGACGAGCUCUAUCGGAAUGAAGAAGAACUAAAGAAUUUCCUCGAUGAAUGCGAGGAAUGGAUCCGAGAGUGGUGAAGUUAGAAGUCUUGGCUCCAAAUAGGGAGGCCCCAUAUCCAUACUGUUACCACAAGGUCGGCC